CACCCAUUUUUGUAAUCUACAAACUUCGGUUGCGGAAAAUUACUGCCGGUGUCUUGCUUGCUCGUAUUUCUCCGUUCCUCUUCUUCCUUCUCGACGAGUCGGAACUGUGCGGAGAAAUCAGAACUCGUCGUUGAUCCAGAUUUUUGCGUUCUUGGAGGUAUAGGGGAAGUGAUUAGAGCUUGAUUCUUGAAGCUUCUGAGUUGACAUCCGAAAGAGGGGAGGCUAGGGCGAAAUGGCAAAGUCUUGCAAGGGCCUGGCAACAGAAUUGGUCAAAUGUCUUAGUGAGUGUGACUGCAUUAAGGUUGAGAAGCGGUCGUUUAGGGAGUGUGCUGGGGAAAAGAGUCCAUCAAUAUCAAGCGAAUGUAUUGGUCUGAGGGAAACGUACUUCAAUUGCAAAAGAGGGCAGGUUGACAUGAGGGCCAGGAUUCGGGGGAAUAAAGGCUAUUGAGCAAUGGUAUUGUUUACCAAAUUGUGAAAUAAAAGUUUUGUAGUUCAGUUGAGGCAUACAUUUACUAAAUUAUGAAAUAAAGUUUUAGUUCAAUAGACUUUAUUUCUUGUAUUAUGAUUGAUUCUGUUCUUACAUAUUAAUAGUCUCUUUGCAGUAGCCUGCAAAAUUUUGCCAAAUCUGAAGACAAAUUGUUAAUAAUGGCAUACCAUUGUACUAAGUGAUACCCAUAGUUUGAUCAAAUGUAUGUUUUGUGUUCUACUUGCACUUUCA